AUGGCGAAAGCUGCGAAGAAUCGAGAGGGAGAGAGUCCGAAUCCUUCCUUCCUUCUCAUCGCCGGUCAGCAUCUUCAGACACCGCCGUUCACUUUCCUCUUCACCACCGUCGCUCGUUCCUUCCCCUUCUCUCUAUCCACGUCACUGGCUGCUGUGGGGGUUGAGUCACCGAAAACUCAUCCCCUGUCGUCCUCCUCUGCUCCUUUCUUGUUUGGUGUUGGCGAGUAUAUGCGCGUCUUCAACUUCUCUUCCUCCUCAAUUCUAGUUGUUACACGUGCAUAUGGCUUCGGACAAUGGAGGGCAAUGGAUCGGAUCAAGAAGAAGAGCAGGCUUGCUGGCAGGGAAGAUGAAGAGGUGAUUAUGAUGAUUACGAUGAGGUGAGAAGGAAAGUAAGAAAAAGUUAGAAGGUUUUUCACCAAAAAAAAAAAAAAGUUUGAAGGCUGAAAAAGUUUUUUUGUUUUUUGUUUUGGGUGAAAAACCUUCUUAAAAAAAAAGUUUGAAGGCUGAAAAAGUGUUUUUGGUUUUUUGUUUUAAGUCACCAUGAUAUUGUGCCUGGUAAGAGGGACAAGUAAUCCAAGAGAGAAGUGGAGAUCUUAGAUGGCUAAGGAAAGAAAGAAUGAAAUGAAAUAAAAAUUGGGUGGAAAAUAAUAUAUAAGACUUACAUAUUUUUACCUUUAAUUUUUCUCUUCAAAUAUGGGGAGAUUUUUUUAAAAAAAACUCAAUUUUAAAAUUUACACAUGAAUCUUUUCAUUUCUUGCUUGCAUUCCUCCAUUUUUAUCUUAA